GUGGUAAGUAAGGAGCUGGGGUGGGAGUGGAAAGUUGUCCCGAGAAAGUUGAAAGCUUUAGAACAGAGUUCUGCACUGCGCGCCCGGCGGGGGAGCUGUGUGCGCUCUGGUCUGGAUCGGGAAACAGGAGGUUCCCGGAGGGUACCCUGGACUGGGGGCUCCGAGCGGCGGCGGAGAUGGCUGGUGGGGCGUCUGGGGAGCCCGGCCCGGGGACGGCUGCGGGCACCGCGGUGCCCGAGACCCAGGAGCACCUCUUCAAAGUGCUCGUUAUCGGCGAACUUGGGGUUGGCAAGACGAGCAUCAUCAAGAGAUACGUGCACCAGCUCUUUUCCCAGCACUACCGGGCCACCAUCGGGGUGGACUUCGCUCUCAAAGUCCUCAACUGGGACAGCAAGACCCUGGUCCGGCUGCAGCUCUGGGAUAUUGCAGGUCAAGAACGGUUUGGCAACAUGACAAGAGUAUACUACAAAGAAGCCGUGGGCGCCUUUGUGGUCUUUGACAUCUCAAGAGGGUCCACAUUCGAGGCGGUUCUCAAAUGGAAAAGUGAUUUGGACAGUAAGGUGCAGCUUCCAAAUGGCAUCCGGAUCCCUGCGGUUCUCCUAGCCAAUAAAUGUGACCAGAACAAGGACAGUGCCCAUAGCCCUUCUCAGAUGGACCAGUUCUGCAAAGAAAAUGGUUUUAUAGGAUGGUUUGAAACAUCUGCAAAGGAUAAUAUCAACAUAGAUGAAGCUGUUCGAUUCUUGGUGGAGAAUAUUCUUGCAAACCAUAAAAAUUUUCCUAAUGAAGAUGAUGUAGACAAAAUAAAGCUGGACCAAGACCCUUUGAGAGCAGAGAGUAAAUCCCAGUGUUGUUAAUGUUUCCCCUAUUUUUUUUUGGUAUAAGAAUGAUGGCUCGGGGCAGCUAGGUGGCACAGUGGAUAGAGCACUGGCCCUGGAUUCAGGAGGACCUGAGUUCAAAUCCGACCUCAGACACUUAACACUUACUAGCUGUGUGACCUUGGGCAUGUCACUUAACCCCAAUUGCCUCACCAAAAAACAGAACAAAACAAAAACAACAAAAAAAGAAUGAUGGCUGACUUUAUACCUAUGAAGACUUAAACUGAGACUGCAUUCCAGAUGAAUUGCUCUAUUGGGACUUUUCAUAUGGAUAGUUCUUUAAAAUGGUGGUAUCCUUGGAUGAUUGAACUUCUUGAUUGGAAAUGGAAUGUAUAGUAAAUUGUUCCAUGUCAUGGGUGUAGAACAUGUGUUCAAAACUUGGCUUGUUCUUUAAACUGUCAAAAUGUUUAUGCUUUUUUUGUAUUUCUUUUUUUUAAAUAUAAGCUGAUAAUUUUUCCAUGCUUGGAAAGACUUCUGUGUUGAAUUAUUUUAUUAAGAUUACUGCUAUAGAAGAAAACUGAAAAGUCCUGACUUUGCUAGCAGUUUUUAUGUAUAUUUUUUUUCGAAGGAUAUUUUGGUAGUUUAUUCCAUUGAUUUAGGCGUUAUAACUUACAUUGGUCACAGAAGGGGUCAUUUUCCUUGUUUGACAGUGUUUAGAUUUUUUUAAAUUGUGUGUGUGCGUGUGUGUGUGUGUGUAUAUAUAUAUAUAUAUAUAUACACACAUAUAUAUGUAUAUAUGUGUGUGUAUACAUACAUAUAUGUGUGUGUGUAUAUACACACAUAUAUAUGUAUAUAUAUUCAAAAGUUUUGCAUUACUUAUUAAACCUUUUAAAGGUCUAUAAUUUUAACUUUGUGUCAGUGAUUCUGUUUUCAAGCUUCUUCUAAUAUAGUUAAGUAUUCAUUAAUUCCUCAAUCUGGGCUUGAUCAUGGAUGACUUCCUAGGGAUAUAGACCUUUCCAGUGGAUAACUUUUAAGUUAAGUUUAGACAGACUUUUCUCUUUCACUCUCCUAUGUCUUGUGUGUGUGUUGUUACUAAAAAUGUCUCAUUUCAGAUUUGAGCAAUGGUAUAAGCCUCCCCACUAAUAAUAUCCUGGUGACAAAGUUAAAAAUUGUGGUCAGUGGAGAAUUAAUUAAUUGGUAAAUGAACUGAAAUGUUCUACAUUAUAAGCUUUCAAGUAAGCCCUACCCUAAAUACUGUGUUGUCAUUUAAAACACAGUUGUAGGGAAACUGAAGGCCAAAACACAUUGUUGUACAUGCCUAUUUUUUGAGUGAAAUUGUCACUUAUUGGAAAAGAAUAAAUGUUUUGACAGUUAAGGUCUUUGGUUAAUAUGGUUGUUCUGUGACAAGGAAGUAUUAGUGGGCUUUUAAAAUCUUCUUGGUGUCUACUUACAUUAAAGUAUCUUGUUUUAAAGUAUUAACUGACUUGUGAUAGACAUGUCUGCCUUAUUUAAGAGAAGUUUAAAUACUGUUCAGUCGUUGAAUUCUUGUGUAACAUAACCAUUGCUUAGUUACAACUUAAAGUGCACCCUAUGUAGCUUGGUAACAGGUGGUGCUGCAAUUGGAGUUAGGAAUUGAAUUAAAAUCCUGCCUCAUACACUUAUUUGGGGCAUAUGACCCUGGACAAGGUCAAUUAGCCAUCCUCAGCCUCUGUUUCUUCAUCUCUUAGUUGGUGAUAAUAAAACCUACCUCAUAGGGCUAUUGUGAGGAAACAUGUUAAAGUGUUUUGCAAACCUCACAACCCUAUAUUGAUGUUGGCAAUUAUUAUUUUUAGA